UUGGACUUCACAUACACUGAUAGUGUUGACGGGACUUGUAACUCUACCAGUUCAUGUGCGGUAGACGACCACGAGGUCAUUCUGAGCUCGUUGGAGGAGAGCUCCAGGAACUUGUCAGAGGAAGAGCAAGACGAAGAGCUGCAGAUGUCUCUGAGCAGCCACGGCAGCUCCUUGCUGGAGCUCUACCCGAGCAUGGUCAGCCGAAUCAAGAGAGCCUGUCAUCGGCAGCACGUCUCGGACGCUGCCAACUCGGUGCUGAGGAGGUACCAAAGGUGGCGACAGCAGUCCAGACGAGGCAACACCUUCAAUGUUACACUGACACACACCGACAGAAACCCAAAAGCCACGCUGUCCAGCAAGCUGCAGCUGAAGGAGAGCCCCAGUGGUCCUGUAAGAAGGCUGGAAACCAUCCCUCAUCAGGUCCUGCAGACAGUAACCAGUCUGCAUGAUGGUCAGGCAAAGAAAGCAUCACCUGUAAAGGAGACCCCGCCCAUUACACGCUCACUCCCUGUGAUAAACUUCUUUGAGACCUCAAACCCCAGAGAGAUCCCCCUGAAUAAGACCUUUGUGUUUGACGUGUCCCCCUGUAAGCACGUUUCCAGAAACACCGAUGGUCCUUCACAACCUUCUCGUGGCAGUUUUCGAUCAUCCAAAGACUUUAAUUCAUUCUUUAAUCUACCAACACCAUCAGUGCCUUACAGCUCAGCAGAGUCGUCCACGUGUUCAAGAGAGUCUCCAGCUGCAACCAAGAGACACGUGGUCUACGGCUCGCCCAUCUGGCAGAGUCCUUUCAAGACGAGAACGAUGAGCGCCUUCAGUAGAUCACCUCAAGCCUUUUCAAGAGGCCUCCAAGGAUAUUCCCUGGAGCACAGUUCUAGAGGGCCAGCAAGGCCAAGAUCACCGUCUGAGUCKCUGCCUUCCUCUCCAAAGAGGCCUGUAGUGCAGUUAAGGAUGCUUUACCCCCAAUCCCCCCAACCACAGCCGGCCCCGAGAGCAGACGGACGCCCCCGGCUCAGACGCCACCUAUCCUUCGACGACUCCCUCUCCCGCCCUGUUUCCUACUCGCCGAAGAAAGUCGACGAGGAGUUUGUGAAGCUUUACCACAAGCUUGUGUGUCAGAAUAAGUCCGUUCUCUUUAACAGCCUCCCCUGCCGUCUCUGCGCCAGAAACUCUGAGGUGAGCCGAGGCCAUUCGUCCUCGUCUCUGGCAGCUCUGGCCCUGUCGCCCCACCGCUCCGUCCUGUGGAAACGUCACAGGGAGACGGGCUCCGACAGCUACCCUCAGUCCAAACGCCACAAGAGAGAGGCGGUGAGACGAUGUCUGUCAGAGGUGCAGCUGCGUCACGGGGCCUUCACCUCCAGCCCCGGUAAACACCGAGCCCAGCAGGACGCCUGGAUGAGCUGGCCCCAAGCACAGAUCUGAGGAGGACCACUCUAGUCUGGGAGAUUGAUGUGAGAAUACUCAGGAUGAAAUGAAAUCAUCAGUGAGUACAUCCCGGCUGUCACCUAACAAUCCUGGAAAAUUAGUUAAAAAGUACAACAUUUGUAAAUGUAAUGAACAGAUAUAUUUUACUCUUUGUUUUUAAAGCUGCCUGUAUCUGCAGACAGUUUGUUCUAAAUAUGCUACUUUAUGCUUUUGUUCUAUCAUUCUUACAGUUAGCACAUGUGCAGAUUUACAGUGAAAUAAAUGUAGAGCUCAUCUUGUCAAGAUGUUUUGUUUAUUACAACACAAAGUUUGAAGAAUUCAAAAAGACAGAAGUACAGCAUGUUGGUUUAUUUGAAGUAAAAUAAAGUUUUUUUCACUCUUUGGUCA